ACACAUCAAUGGAUAAUCUACGUGGUAUACCGUUUCCGUCAAUGGAUUGGACAGCCAGAAAUCUUCCAGAAACCUUCAGAAAGUUCAAGAGGAAUUGCGAAAUCGUGUUCGCUGGACCGUUAAAUGAUCAAACCGAAGCCGUAAAAGUAAACUACCUCAAACUCUUUCUUGGUGACGAAGGACAAGACAUAAUCGAUGGAUUGGACCUCACAGCCGACGAAGAAAAGGAGCUUGACAGCUACUGGUCGAAACUCCAACAAUACGUGCGACCGAAGACAAAUUUUCGCGUGGUCCGAGCUCAGCUCCGUGAAUCAAAACAAGCGCCAGAUGAGACAAUCGACAACUUCAUGACAAGAGCCAGAAUACUCGCUGAUGAUUGUGAGUACAAAGACAAAGAAGAACAACUAAUCGACACACUUAUAUUUGGAGUUAAUUCAAACGAGGUUUGCAAGAAAUUACUCACCAAGGAUAGCUCUUUGAAGCUCCACGACGCCAUGAAAAUAGCUCGCGCCGAAGAAGCAUCACAGAAACACGUGACCGCCCUCCAAGAAACUAAAACAAUAAGCGCUGUAAAAUCUACUCCUAGAAACCAAAACCGUCAAUAUCAUCAACGUAGCCAGACAACUCAGUCCCAAAAGUCACCGUAUCGCCCAAACGUCAGACAAAAUGGAUGUCUCAACUGUGGUCGCGCUCACAAUCGUGACGAUAUAUGUCCAGCCCGGAAUGACAAUUGCAACUUCUGCGGAAAACGGGGACAUUGGGAAAGAGUUUGCAUCACAAAGCAAUAUCGCCAGAUGGAUAGGAGCCAGCAGAACCCUAGACGCGAAUCAUCAGCCAAAACACAUGUCAAUUCCUUAGAAUACGCCGGAACGUCAUGUGAUGACUACAACGCCACAAUUGACUUCACCUUUGACUCCUUAGAGUACUGCGCCUUAAAGGGAGAGGAACUGUUCUCUACUGUCAGAAUUCACGGAGAGAGAGGACCGUACAAUCUCCGCUGCAAGGUGGACACCGGAGCGCCUACCAGUGUGAUUUCAAAGAAAAUCUACCGUGAGCUAUUCCCUAACGAUUUUGAUAAUUCCGGAAAGCUUAAGCCAGAAACAAAGAUUAUGCCUGCCCAAGUCAAAGUUAAGACAUACGGUGGUUCAGAACUACAACACAUUGGGUAUUUCACCACAACCAUACGCCAUGGCCGAGAAACCGCGCAAGUCCAGUUCCUUGUGACAGAAACUGACGAUACCCCUUUACUUGGCCUACCUUCUCUACGCCAGUUAAGAUUGAUCAAAGAGAGCUGUAACACAGACUGCACCUUGUGUAAUAGCCAAACAGGCAUAUGCCACAUUAAGACCCAACAAAAGCCCAUCCAGAUUUCCAAAGACUCCCUUCUUAAGCAUUAUCCUGAAUGCUUUAAGGAGAUUGGAACACUUCCAGGAAAAUACAAGAUACCCAUACGAGAUGAUGCUAUCCCGUGUAAGGACGCCCCAAGAUCUGUGCCAGAAAGUCAGCGUGAACCACUCCGCAAGGAACUUCGACGCAUACAAGACAUCGGUGUCAUAGAGAAAGUCGACGGACCCACAGACUGGGUUAGCAGCAUCGUGGUAGUGCCAAAGCCAAACGGCGAUGUGAGGAUCUGCCUGGACCCUAAGCGACUCAACGAUGCGAUCAAACGUGAGCACCACUACAUCCAGAAACUUGAAGACGUGCUACCCCAACUCAGUAAUGCCAAAGUCUUCAGUAAACUUGACGCCAGAUCUGGGUAUUGGAACGUGGUCCUUGACGAAGAAUCAAAGCUCUUGACAACCUUCAACACUCCCAUGGGUCGCUAUUGUUUCAAACGCCUCCCAUUUGGUUUGGUAUCUGCACAGGAUAUCUUCCAGAGAAAGAUUGACAAAACAUACGACGGAUUGCCAGGAAUCAUCUGCAUCGCCGACGACAUCGUAGUUUACGGCAAAGACGACAAAACACAUGACGAAAAUCUUUUGCGAGUGAUGGAGAGAACCAAAGAACGUAACCUGUCUCUCAAUUAUGACAAAUGCCACAUCAAGCAGAGCAGCAUUGGCUUCUACGGACACAUCUUGACCAGCGAAGGAAUCAAACCCGACCCAUCCAAGGUAUCUGCCAUCAAAGAUAUGAAGCAACCUCAGAAUGUGAGCCAGUUGCUAUCAUUCCUGUCAUCAGCCAAAUACCUCGCUCCAUUCACCCCAGAUCUAUCUGAUCUCUGCGCACCACUCAACAAACUCACUCGAAAAGAUGUUGAUUUCCAGUGGGGACCUGAACAUCAGGAAGCUUUCGAGCGAAUCAAAGACAACAUCGCAAAUGUUGGAGUCCUAGCUUAUUUCGACCCGACAAGGCCUGUGACAAUCCAGUGUGACGCAUCAACGGAAGGACUCGGAGCCAUACUCUAUCAAGACAACAAGCCAGUAACAGUUGCCAGCAAGACCCUAACGAACACAGAACAGAACUAUACCAAUAUCGAGCGAGAGAUGCUCGCCAUAGUCUUCGCUUUGACAAGAUUUCAUCACUACACGUAUGGACGCCACGUAUUAGUGGAAUCAGAUCACAAACCCUUGGAAUCAAUUACCAAGAAACCAGUCUCAACUGCAAGUCCCCGGAUUAAGCGAAUGCUACUCAAGAUCCAACCAUAUGACUACACUGUCAAAUAUGUUCCUGGAAAACAAUUGCCAGUUCCCGACAUGCUUUCAAGAUCACCAAUUCCUGGACCAGAGAUACCUCAACUAGACGUCAGCAUCGGAUCUCUUGCACACAUGACUACGAGCCGGCUCGAAAAAAUCAAGAUUGCAACACAUCUUGAUCCGUUACUUCAGAAACUUACACACCAAGUCAUGGUAGGAUGGCCUGAGCAUCGCCAAAACUGCCCCAUCGACCUUCACCAGUUCUGGAAUUUCCGUGACGAGAUAGCUGUACAUGAUGGUAUUCUCAUGAAAGGCGAUCGUGUAAUCAUCCCAAAGACAUGCCAAGCCGAGAUACUUCACCGGAUACACACAGGACAUCAAGGAAUCGAGAAAUGUCGACUUCGUGCUAGACAAGCUGUCUACUGGUAUGGCAUUGACAAAGACAUCAAGGACAUGGUAAAAAGAUGUGCUUCCUGCCAGCAACACCAAACUUCAAAUCCUAAAGAAACGAUAAUUCAACAAGAAGCACUGAAACCUUGGGAAGUCGUGUCAUCAGACUUGUAUCACUGGAACAAUGCUAACUACCUGUUACUUGUCGACUACUAUUCCUCAUACUUUGUUGUGAGGAAACUAUCAUCAACCAGAUCUUCAGAUAUCAUCAGCAAACUUAAGGCCAUUUUCGCUGAAUUUGGCAUACCCCGAAAAUUAGUGAGUGACAAUGGCCCUCAGUAUACAUCACAAGACUUCGAGAAGUUCACCAAGGAAUAUGGAUUCGAACACUCAACCAGUAGUCCCCACUACCAUCAAGCUAACGGGAAAGUUGAACGCUUCGUCGCUACUGUGAAGAAUACCUUACAAAAAUGCAAAGAAACGCAUCAAGACCCAGCAUUAGCUCUUUUGGCUGUACGAAACACACCAAUUUCCUCUACAGUACCUUCACCAGCGGAACUUAUGUUCCAACGUAAACUCGACGAUGGACUUUCGUUCAAGAGUUCCUUUCACCAGACCGCCCAACAAGACAUUUCUCAACACAGACAACGCCAUGUCCAGCGAUACGAUAAAAGAGCCCGCGAUCGACCAGAUCUGGCUAUUGGCCAGAGUGUACGGAUACAGAAUCCAACCACCAAACUCUGGGAUCCUGCUAUUGUUACACAGAAACUAGUAGAACCAAGAUCAUAUGAAGUCAAAGCCAGCAAUGGAGCCACCUAUCGCCGCAACAGAAGGCAUAUCAACACCACAGAUGAAGACUUCACCAACACAGAUACAGAAGACCUUACAACUUACUCAGAAACUGAACCGCUGCCAGACGAUCCAGCAAGGACAACUUCAUCCCCUUGUCGCGCAGUACCACAAGAUAAUAUUGUCAUAACCAGAUCAGGAAGAAUUAGCAAACCCCCACAGAGACUUAUUAAUAUGUAGCUACUUUGACAUUUCAGAGAAAGGGGAAUGUUAUGAUAUACUCAUGUUAGAUUGUUUACAUUCGUAUGCAAAUUCUUAUAGAAUCACGUGAUAUGUAAAUUACCUCGUGGUAUGUAAAUGAAUUCAUUAAAAAGUUCAAGUUGAUAUCACAA